AUGUGGGGGCGGGAGGAGCAGGCAGUGAUGUUCUGCAAGACGCUCACUGCCAGCGAUACGUCCACCCAUGGCGGCCUCUCCGUGCCUCGCAAGGCCGCCGACACCUGCCUCCCUCAACUGGACAUGACGCAGGACAUCCCAUCUCAGAGGCUGAGAGCCGUUGAUAUCUACGGCAACAGCUGGAUCUUCCGCCACGUGUACAGGGGCUCGCCCAAGCGGCACCUGCUCACGACAGGGUGGAGCGCUUUUGUCUCCAGCCGAGGGCUUGUGGCAGGCGACAGGGUUCUGUUCGUGCGGUGA